GAAGGAUCUGGAAUCAGCACUCCUCCACACAAAACUUAAACCCUUCGUCUCUCUUUCUCUUCAUUCUAAUUUUCCAAAACAAUCAGAAAUUGCUCCUUAUCGCUCUCUAUAUUUCUUUCGUCUGAGAGAUUCAUCUGUUGUUGAAGAAGGUUUGAGAAAAAAAGGAAUAGGCCAUGGAAGAAGCUAACGAAACGAGGUACUGGUGCCACAUGUGUUCCCAAACCGUGAACGCAUUGAUCGAAGAAGAGAUCAAAUGCCCCUUUUGUCGAAGCGGUUUCGUUGAAGAGGUGGACGAGGAUUCCCACCGCUCUCCAGAUCAGAGAGCACCAACCGUUUCUAUCUGGGCUUCCAACUUGAUGGAAAUGAUGGACAACUACGCCACAAGGAACCGGAGUGCUGAGAAUGGAACCGGAAACGGUAGAGACUUGGAUUCAACUCUUCAAGAGAUUCUUAGGAGGAGAAGUGGAAGACGUUCUGUUUCCGCUGUGCAGUUGCUUCAGGGAGUAAGAUCAGGAGGUUCAACACUUGAGCCUGAUGAUAACAACAACAACAAUGGGGGAAAUGGAGAGAGAGGAGGCGUGAUCGUCAUCAAUCCCAACAAUCCAAUCAUCGCUAUCCCAAGCUCUCUUGUUGUUGGUUCUUUGAGUGAGUAUUUCAUCGGUCCUGGAUUCGAAGCCCUGCUUGAGCGUUUAGCAGAGAAUGAUCCCAACAGGUAUGGAACACCUCCAGCUCGUAAAGAAGAUGUUGAGUCUUUGGCUACUGUUAAAAUUCAAGAGGCUAGUCUCCAGUGUUCUGUGUGUUUGGAGGAUUUUGAGGUUGGGAUCGAAGCGAAACAGAUGCCUUGUAAACACAACUUCCAUGGUGAUUGUUUGCUCCCGUGGCUUGAGCUUCACAGUUCAUGUCCAGUUUGUAGAUAUCAGUUGCCUACAGAUGAGACUAAGACUGAUGAUUCAGCAACAACAACAGAAGCAAAUGACAACAAUGGAGUUGGUGGUGGUGACUCUCAUUCUACAAGCAGCAGCCAGGAGACUGAGAACAGUAAUGGAAACCGCCAGGAGGAGAACAAUGAUGGUGGUAGGAUCGAAUUCUCAAUCCCAUGGCCGUUUAGCAACUUGUUCUCGUCCUCAUCUCAAGACAGCAAUCGAUCAAGUUGAAACAUGUUUCUUGAGGCAACAGAAGACUUUUUCAUGAGACCACGGUUCAACUUUUAAACUGUUUUUUUUGUUUGUUUGUCUGUACAUAACGCAUAUCGGAUUUGGUUGAGUGCUACUCUUUGGAAAACAAAAGCCUUUUAUCGUUAUGUUUUUGAACAAUUUCUUUGGAGAAUUUGGCAAAAGUCAGCUUUGUGGUGGUGUUUUUGCUCUCGACUCUAAGAAACAGUGCAGUACCUUGUUUAGUCAACGAUCGCAUUCAUAUGUAAUUGCCUCCUUUUACGCGUGAAUAUUAGUAGUUGAAUAUUCAAAAGAAGCUGUGUAAAAAUAACAAAAGG